GGCUGAAUUGUGAUGUUUUGGAGGUUUUUAUGGUCCCAGGAUGCCCAGUGAGUUCUAGAGAUGGACUUGGGCAAGAGGAACCCCCAAGGCAACGCUCAGCCCUUGUUUCCCCCCAGCAGGAUUUGUCUUCCCCAAAGCUUGGGCAGAUGGAGGAGGAGGCUGUGAGGAAGAGGAAAGAGCUGCGGGUCCACCAGGCAGGCCCCGAGCUGAGGACGGAGAGCACGGAGGACAAAUCCCCCCGGCAGAGCCUGGUGGGAGAGGCCGUUUUGAAGGGCUCCCCGGCGCAGGAAGGCAGCGGGGAGGAAAAGGCCCAGAGAUGCCCCCAGAGGAGGGGCUGCAAAGCCAGCCCAGGGAGCUGUGAGGAGGAAAGAGCCGUCCUGUGCCGGGAAGGCGACCGGAGCUUGAGCCGGAGCUCCGAGCUGGUGGUCCCUGAGCAGCCUCCCAGCAGGGAGAAGCCCUUCAGGUGCUUGGAAUGUGGGAAGAGCUUCAGGGUGAGCACCCAACUCCUCAUCCACCAGCACAUCCACACUGGGGAACGACCCUACACGUGUGGGCAAUGUGGGAAGAGCUUCAACCAGAACUCCACCCUGAUCCGCCACAAGCACAUCCACACUGGGGAACGACCCUACAUGUGUAGGGAAUGUGGGAAGAGCUUCCGGCAGAGGUCCAAGCUCCUCAGCCACCAGCACAUCCACACUGGGGAACGACCCUACACAUGUGGAGAGUGUGGGAAGAGCUUCGGGGACAACUCCAACCUGAUCCAACACCAGCGCAUCCACUCCGAGGAACGGCCCUACACAUGUAGGGAAUGUGGGAAGAGCUUCAAGCAGAAGUGUGCCCUGACCCAACACCAGCUUUCCCACACUAAGGAACGACCCUACACAUGUGGGGAAUGUGGGAAGAAGUUUAAGACCAGCUCAGCUCUCCUCAGCCAUGAGCGGACCCACACAGGGGAGAGGCCCUUCCGCUGCACCGACUGCGGGAAGGACUUCAACCGAAACUUCCACCUCAUCACCCACCGGCGCAUCCACACUGGGGAGAGGCCCUACAAGUGUGGGGAGUGUGGGAAGAGCUUUACGCAGAGCUCCCACUUGACCCAGCACCAACGGACCCAUCGGUAA